AUGACCUCUUGUGCAAAGAUCAACCUAACUGGUGUUGAUCAUAGUUACUAUCAAAAGUUUCAUCAUGAAAAAAGCUGGGCCUGGUGGCUCAAUCACAUCGUUGUGUUCGUGUUUCUAGGUACAUUCGUCGUGUUCAUAAUUAGUUUUUGUGGAAAUUUGUUAUGUCUACUAGUAUUGUGCCGGCAACGUUUAAAACGGAAUUCUUAUACACAAUAUCUGAUUGCCCUCGCAAUUGUUGACACAGGAGCAAUCCUAUGCGAAGCAUUGAAGGCUCUUGACGAAGUACAUCAAUACCAAAAUGCUGACAAACGAACACUUAUUCAACAUACACUAAUGUCCUGUAAAUUUUAUUAUUACAUUCGUUAUAUAUUCUAUUCGAUGAGUUCAUGGGUUACUGUUGCACUUGCUGUUGAGCGUCUAGUCGCUAUUAAAUUUCCUCUCUGGUCUAAACAUAUAUGUAGCGUUAUUAAUGCGCGUCGAAUCUUAUUUCUCAUACUGUUAUUUACUAUGAUGAUUCAGUCGUAUCAUCUAGUGAUCAAAGGUAUUGAUUGCAAACCUUCAUCUUCACCAUUUUCACAACCAACAGCCGCCAAAUCUUCUUGCCGUUGUAAAACAUUACCUGAUUACGCCGCAGUUGAAGUCAUACUGACAGUUUACCUUUGGCGAUUAUGUCUAAUGACACUAUUGCCAUUGACUAUCAUCAUUACUGUAAAUAUUCUUAUCAUGAGUAAACUAUUCAGUGGAAAUUCCUUAAACGAUCAUACGAAUGCUGUUAACAAUUCCCGACGGAAAACAGUCUUGCUGUACAAAAUCUCUCGCAUGUUAGUUAUUGUCUCGUCGAUUUAUCUCGUUCUACAUGUGCCUGGCUCAAGCUUCGAAAUUCUGAAAUUCAUGUUUCUCAAUCCAUAUCGAUUAUGUGAUACCAAAUGGCGAUAUUUCAUGUCGAUUGUACAUGAUAUAUUCGAUCUCAUAACAAAUUUCAAUUAUGGAAUCAAUUUCUAUUUGUAUAUCAUCAGCGGACAGCACAUACGUACUGAAUUGUUUCGAACAUUCAGACCGGCAAAAUUCCGUUCAACUAUUAACGAGCAGACUGCGAAAUUUCAACGAUCAAGUUAUUUCAUGUCGUCCUAUGUUCACCAUUCGAAAAAUAAUCAACCAAAUUGUUCGCAUUUACAAUUGUCGAAUCGACUGACAGGUCCGUCGGUGUAA